AUGUCGUCCGCAGCGGACGCAGACAAAGUCACUCAGCUUCUCAGUCUUCUACCUUCCCUGAUAUCGAUGGCUAGAAGCAGUCUCAUCUGGGGAGUAGACCUCGAGCGACAAGACAAGGGAACUGAAGCUGUUAUUCAAAAGUUCCUGAAAGCUCACUCCACUCUCCCGUCGCUGCAAACCUCCAGGACAGCCCUCUCGCUCACCAAGGCCCUGGAGUGGCAGCGCCUCACCAGGCCUGACUCAUGCAUGAAGCAGGCCUUGACAAUAGUAGCUGAAGCAGCUGUCGCCCGCAUUACGCGCCUAGAAGACAGAAAUGUACUAUGGGUCAUGGUCGACGAGAGAAUUAUCAGAAGUUUCUCAUCUUCCUAUGAGGAUUUCAUGAGUCACAAAGGCUUGACGCACCUGGGCUUAGCAGUGAUGGAGACCCUGGCUAGACAAAUCAUUGCCGACGUUUGCGCAGGAAACACGGAGUCCGACCAGGGCGCCAUUUGCAUUGUCGAGUUCAAGCUUGCUCCAGCGCCUGCUGUCCGGUUACAGACCAGGUCCUUUCGCGACCACGUCAUUCUGAGACUAUCGGGGCUGCUUUCAUCACUUGUUCGACAUUAUCCUUCUCUGAUUGAAGAAUUCUAUGUCAUCAAUCCCUCCGAAGAAUAUUUGCUCGGCCUUGAUGUACCCGACAGAUUUUUGGCGCACACGACCCUGCUCCCCAGUCGCGAGGAUCUCGCACAUUAUCUGGGAGAAGCUGUCCCACUGGACUAUGGCGGGAAAAGUCCACCGCUUGUUGAACAUGACUGCUUGAUCAGAUCCGAAUCAGCGGCUCAACAAAAAGAGAAAUACGGUCUAUCAAAGCUGCAAGAAGUCGAGCCAGAUCCUGAUACCAGCGUUGCGAUCAAUGAAGCUGGACAAGACGAGGUGGCCAACACGGAGUCGUCCCCACCAAGCCAGCCAGGACUGAGGCUUAUCUUCUCGGAAGAAAUAGGACCGCCCACCAUUAUUUUGGAUCCUGAGGAUUUGAAAACAGCAUCCGAGCUUUGUCCGGGCAAAAUGGGCGCUCGAAUUGUCUGGGCCGAAAGUGAUAUGCUGGUCAAGUAUGGUCCUGGGGUUCGCCUAGCUGAAGCUGAAGCAAUGCACCUGGUAUCGCAUAACACCUCGAUAGCAAUACCCAAACUCUUGAGCGCAUACAUUCUCGAUGGUGUCGCAUAUAUUGUCAUGUCUUACGAAAAAGGCGAGCCUUUCCAGGACUACUGGGACUGUGCCUCAGACUUGCAGCAACAGCAUGUCCUACACCAGUUGCAAGACUAUGUCACGCAGAUGAGAAGCAUCACGGGAGAGUUCAUUGGUGGCAUCGACUCAUCCUGUUGUAGAGACGGGAUCUUUGAAGGGGGCUGGGGUGAUUACCAGUUGUAUCAGUAUGGACCUUAUGCAUCCGAAGCCGAGUUCAAUGAGGGCAUAGUUCAGGCAUUGCGGGAUCGCUUGCCACCGCAGUCGCGCGGAAAGGAAGAGAGCUUCGACUCGGACUUUUUUAAUGCAGAAUACAUCCUCUAUCAGACAGUGCGGGAGUUGCGUGGCCAUGCCAUAGUCUUUUCGCACGGGGAUCUACAUACUGGCAACAUGCUCAUUCGCUCUGAUGGAACAGUGGUGGUGCUUGACUGGGGGCUUGCCGGCUACUGGCCAGAAUACUGGGAGUUCUAUCGAGCAAUGUUCAAUCCCCCAUGGCGAUCAGCCUGGGAUAGAAUGGUUGAAAAAUUCAUUCCGCCAUACUAUGUAGAGUAUAGCAUCAUGAAGAAGGUAUUCGGUACGGUGUGGAACUGA